GGCCGCGGCGGGGCUCGCGCUCUCGCGCGAGAACGGCCCGCGCGGCGCGUCCGGUCACGUGAGCCGGGGAGCGGCGGCGCCAUGCGGGUGAAGGUGCUGAGCCGCAACCCCGAUGACUACGUGAGGGACACCAAGCUGGACCUGCAGCGCGUUCCAAGGAACUAUGAUCCUGUAUUGCAUCCAUUUGAGGUUGCACGAGAGUAUGUAAGAGCUCUGAAUGCCACAAAGCUAGAACGUGUGUUUGCAAAACCCUUUCUUACUUCACUUGAUGGCCACAGAGAUGGAGUUAAUUGCAUGGCCAAACAUCCAAAAAGUUUGUCUACAGUGCUGUCUGGAGCUUGUGAUGGAGAGGUUAAAAUUUGGAACUUGACCAGGCGACAGUGUAUCCGCACUAUACAAGCCCAUGAAGGUUUUGUUCGAGGCAUGUGUGCCCGUUUCUGUGGUACAUCAUUCUUCACUGUUGGUGAUGACAAAACCGUGAAGCAGUGGAAAAUGGAGAGCCCAGAAUAUGGAGAAGAGGAAGAACCUAUUCAUACAAUUCUUGGAAAGACAGUGUAUACGGGAAUUGAUCACCACUGGAAGGAACCUGUUUUUGCUACCUGUGGCCAUCAAGUGGACAUUUGGGAUGAACAAAGGACAAGCCCCAAGUGUUCUCUGACUUGGGGUUUUGAUAGCAUAACCAGUGUUAAAUUUAAUCCCAUUGAGACUUACCUUUUGGGAAGCUGUGCUUCUGACAGAAAUAUUGUGCUGUAUGACAUGAGAAAAUCAACUCCAUUAAAGAAGGUUAUCUUGAACAUGAGGACAAAUACACUGUGUUGGAACCCUAUGGAAGCUUUCAUUUUUACUGCAGCAAAUGAAGAUUACAACUUAUAUACCUUUGAUAUGCGCUUUCUUGAAUCACCUGUGAUGGUGCAUAUGGAUCACGUGUCUGCUGUUCUUGAUGUGGAUUAUUCACCCACGGGGAAAGAAUUUGUGUCUGCCAGCUUUGAUAAGUCCAUCCGCAUAUUUCCUGUAGACAAAGGUCACAGCAGGGAGGUUUAUCAUACCAAACGAAUGCAGCACGUCAUCACUGUAAAAUGGACUUCAGAUAACAAAUACAUUCUGUGUGGCUCAGAUGAGAUGAAUAUUCGCCUGUGGAAAGCUAAUGCUUCUGAAAAACUGGGAGUGCUUGCACCCCGAGAGAAGGCAGCUAUGAAUUACAAUCAGAAGCUGAAGGAGAAGUUCCAGUUUCACCCCCAGAUCCGGCGCAUAGCUCAGCACCGACACUUGCCCAAGAGCAUUUACUGCCAGAUCAAGGAGCAGCGGAUCAUGAGGGAGGCUCGGCGCCGCAAGGAAUUGAAUCGUCGUAAGCACAGCAAGCCGGGAUCUGUGCCAUUUGUGCCAGAGAGGAAGAAGCAUAUUGUGGCAGUAGUGAAAUAAUUGUUUUCACAUGUACAAAAUGUCACAAUGAAAGAAAAAUGUCACUAUUAAAAGAAUACACUGUGCAAAAUUUGAUGAACUUUGGUAAGACAGCAGUUCCAGAAACUUGACUUUUCUUCCUAGCUUGUGCAUCCUCUGACUUCUCAAGUAAUCAUCUGUUUUGAGUAGUUGUGAGAAUUUCCCCGCAAUCUUUCUUUGCCAUUUGUCUGAUGUUCCUGGCCCAACACUGUGUGUUGCAGUGGAGUUUGACCCUUUUGAUACAAGCAGAUAACUCAGUGGAGAAUAUCUGUAAUUCCAAUUCUAUUCCUUGGUACUGUUACUACAAAAAAAGGAUGAAAUAUGUUAAUAUUUGUCAAAGCAAAACAACCUGCUCCAUACAGGGUUACAAAAAUUAUUGUCCUUACGCUGUCUUUUUAAAAAAUUUUUAUUUAAACCAAUUUAAUAAAGUGACCUUAAGCAAUGGGCUAAAUUUUGAUUA